CAACAGUCUGACAAAAAGUACAAUUGUUUUUGUUCUUGUUCUUGAAUUUUGUACCAAAUUUCUCAUAUUUGUUCUUACUAAAUAACAAAACAACUGAGAACCAAGAACAGAACAAGAACAAGACAAUGAGAACAAAGCUAAGGAACAAUUGUUCCAAUGAAAUAGAGGGUCAAAUAUCGCGCACUUUUAGCCACAUUGCUCUAUGUUAGCAACAACAGGUUGCUAUCAUAAGUUACACCAGUAAACCUUUUGCCUUAUUUUAUGUUGUGUUCACCCAAUUUAAGACAACAAUAUAUUUUGAUUAUGGAUUUACAUGAUAAUGAUUUAACUGUUGAUGACUCUUGCCAUUCCUUUACACAAUCUCAAACAUUGUCGUUAAAUAUACCAAACGAAGAGGAAGAUAAUGAUAAUAAUAAUAGAGAUGAAGUAUUGGUGAUUGAAAAUUAUGAUGAUUUGUCUAAUGAUGGAAAUGAAACACAAGCUACAGUGAAUAACAAGCCUUUGCAACCAAGAGAUGUCUGGAAUUAUUUUGAUAAGGACACAGUUAAUAAUGUAUCCAAAUGCAGAAUCAAUGAAUGUAAUAAGGUUAUCAAAGGUUUAUAUACAACUAACUGCUUGAAACAUUUACGCUCAAUCCAUAAGGAAGUUGGUCAAUUAUUUGAUACAAGCAAAAACAAAACAAUACCUUCAAUGUAUGGACUUGCUACCUCGAAGAAAUUCAACUCUAAACACCCAGUGCAACUGAAGUUUGAUAGAUACCUGGCCAUCUUAGUUGGUUCUGAACCUGUCCCUUUUAAUAUUGUUGAAAAACCAGUGUUCAGAAAUAUGAUUGAAUCCAUCAAUCCUGCAGUUUCAAUUCCUUACCGACCAGCAUUGAUGAAGAAAAUUAUCUCACUUGAAGAGGAGAUGAAAACAAGAAUGAUUGAGAUGCUUUCCAAUGCAGAUAUUAUUAAUAUUAUUAUUGAUAUGUGGACAAAAAAAGGGAUGACAUCAAGUUUUGUCGGGAUAAUGGCUAUCUUUUUUGAUAAAAAGUAUAAAGAUAAAAAGUGCUUGGCUCUUGCUGUUCGAUCUUUUGCUGGUGAUUCACAUACAUGGGAGAGGAUUAAUUCAAAAACUUUCAAAAUACUUGAAGAGUUUAAAGUUAACAAGAACAAGAUUUUCAGAAUCAUUACGGAUAAUGGAUCAAAUAUGGUCAAAGCGUUUACAAUGGAUGACUUCUCCAAGGAAAUACUUGAUUAUGACCAUGAAGAGUUCAAUUAUAUUACCAAUAUUGAAAGUGCUCGUUGUUUACUGAGGUGCUUUAUUCAUUCAAUAUUAUUAGAAGUGAAGAAAAUUGAAACCAAUAAUGAUAUAGGUGGUUUGAUUAUAAGACUGAAAGAUUUUGUUAAAUCAUUCAAAUUGUCAUCAAAAUUGAGUGAAGCUUUGAAAAUCAAAUCAGGUAAAUCAUUAGUUAGCUUUUGUAAUACUCGUUGGAAUUAUAUUUACCUAGUGAUCGAUCGUCUAAUUGAAGUUAAACAAGAUUUGAAUGAAGUACUGGAUGAAAACAUGAGCAAUCUCAGCAUAACAAAUGAAGAUUGGAAUAUAAUUGAAUUACUGAGACCUUUUUUAUUUUUAUUUUGGAAAGCAACUAAUUGUUCAUCGAAAGAAAAAGAAGUAGAAAUAUCAGAGGUUUUACCUACAGUCCGUGAUCUUUUAAAUGGAUUAGCAAGUAAUGAUUUUGCUUUUCUUGGUGAUACAACUGAAUUUAUAAGAUCAGGAUUAGAACAAAGGUUUGCUUGUAUUUUUGAUCCAUUGAACUCAAAAUUUGAUGCUAUUUUCAUCACUUCUACUUGGCUUGAUCCAAGAUACAGACGUUCACUAACAGAAGAAGAGAUUCAAAUAGCAAAAGAAUUCAUUUUUUCAUUUGAUUACAUUGAUACUGAUUUUAUUUUACCUGAGAUACCUCUCAAGCAAACUAAGUUCAACUGUGCAAAUGUAACUCCCAAUCAAUUACUACUUCAGAAGCCUCAACUUCGAUGUGAAAUUGAACAAUGGUCCAGUGAUCCAAGUUAUCAUAUUUUUGACGAUUACUUGGAUCUUAUUUUGUAUUGGAAUGAUAAGAAAAGUACUCUAAAAUUGUUGAGUAACAUUGCUUUAAAUAUUAUUUGUGUUCCAUCAUCUUCUGCCUGUGUUGAAAGGCUGUUUUCUUUAGCUAGUUAUGCUUGCUCAAAUAGGCGUAAUAGACUUGAAGGGUCUAACCUCGAAAGAGAAGUUCUUUUGAGCAAAAAUCGAUGGGUAUUUGAAAACUAAUGUAAAUGACUUUGAAUCUCAAUAUUUAUAAUAUUAUUUCUAUUUUCAUUAAAAUUUACUUGAUAAUCAGUUAGCUUUGUAAGCCUUUUUUGUACUUUGUUCCAGAACAAAAAAAAUCAAAAUGGAACAAAAAAUUUGUACUGUUCUUGUACUUUUACUUGUUCCAAAUUUUUGAGAACAAAAAAAAAUACGUUGUUCUUUGUUCCAUAGGUCUGGGAGAUCCAGAACAAAUUGUUCCUUGUUUGCUUCGGAACAAUACAACACUAAUUGAGGAACCACUGAACGUUAAAGUUUACAUUAAAUGAAGCAACCAAGAAAUGAGUAAACAAUGAAUGUCCAAAAAGAGCUUAAAAUCAUUGUUAAAAAUGAUUGUUCAAUCUCAAUGUGAAACUUGAAAAAUCGCAACUUCUAAUUCAUUAUCUAGAAUGAAAAUCAUUUCCUUCAUGUUUCCAUGUUUACUCCAUGUACAUGAUGUAACUUUAACUAAGACCACAUCUUGUUCAUCCUGUUCAUCAUCAUUCCAUCUUCAUUUAAUCCCCAAAAAAAUAAAAGACUUUACUCUAGAUUAAACCCUUUCAAUCUUGUUCUUGCUGUUCAAAACAAUCAAAACCAACGCUAAUGAACUUAUUACAUCUCCUUAGGGUUGAGAUAUUGUUUGCUAUUAUCAUCAUCAUAAUAUGUUAUUAAAUAUCAAACUUGAUUCCUUUCA